AUGGUUGCUGUACCGAUAAGUCCUGAGAUCGAAGCCCCCGGGGAAAGCCAUUCAUCUAGGAGAGACAGCUUCAAAAUUAAAAAAACUGCCUUGAACCUUUGUCAAGCUGAGUGGGAACGAGUUAGAAAACCAGAAGAUCCUAUAGAAUGUCCAGAGGAGGAGACCAGGUCACUUUUUGACCAGUUACAAGCUAACAAAGAACUGAAGGAUAGAGAGCUUGAAGAUGAGACUAAAUUACGAAGUUGUGUAAAAGGUCUUGAUGAUGACGAGGUUCAGUUCCUGAACUAUGUGUCCAACAGGCAGGUGCAGAUAGAAAAGGAUCGGAACAUGGAAGAGAAGUCUGUUAUUGAAGAAAUGAAAAAUGCUAAUGUAGUAAAGGUAAAUGAGAAAAAAGAAAGAUCUCCAGACAGCAACAAAUCAUCAAGUUCCAUCACAAAGUCAAAUUCACAAAAGCUAUUAUUGCAGGGUACAAUUAAAAGGAAAAGUACAACAGAAGCCAACUCUGACACAGAUGAUAAAAAGCAAAAAGCGAAUGGUGACAGUGAUGAUCCACCAGACAGCAAGCUGAUGGCAGGGAUCCCCAAAAACAGUGGCAUAAUGGUUGUAGCCGGCAUCCUGCCAGGGAUAGCUGACUACGGGGAGGCUGACCACAUGAUCCUACCAAGUGCUCCCACACAAAGGAUAAAUUGA